UUUGCCUUGAAAUUGAAAAAAGCAAAAAGAAACUUUGAACUCAUCACUACUCAAAAGUCACAACCAACCAGUAAACAAUAAUUUUGAGAAUAUUUUUUGUGUAGAAUCGAGAUGGCUUAUGAAGCUCUUGAUAAUCUGCAACAACUCUUUAUAUAAACAUCCGCUUUCACAUUACUGCCAACUGCUAAGAUAAGAUAUGUCGUUGACGUCGCUUAAAAUAUGACCUAUUAAGAUUUCAUGUUAUUAUAAAUAAGAAGCUAAAUUAAGAUUCUAUCAAAUUCUUGUCUAAAAUUCUCAUAAUUAUACUCUGUUUCCCUUCAACUGAUAUCGAUCAUGGCGGCCUACGCAGCCUUGGUUUCUCUAAUGCAUAUCAUAGACGACCUCGAGCGCCACCAUUCCCCACCGAUUUCUCUAAACAAACACCAAGUUCAAUCCCUCACUGAAAAUGUCAUGUUCUUGCAGGAGUUUCUCGAAGCUUAUGACUCCCCUGUUUCCGACGAAGCAGAUCCCUUGGAGAUGCGUAUUGCAGAUGCAGCUUAUGCAGCUGAAGACACCAUCGAAUCUCAUAUCGUGGCCAAGAUUCAGCUGAGCAGAUCCAGAGAAGCUUAUAACUCUCCUGUUUCCGACGAAGCAGAUCCAGAGGAUCCGAAAACUGUCUCAUCAAAUCAUGAUGAUGAUGAUGAAGAGAUGAACUUGUUUCAAGAUGUGCAAAAUGUGAUACAGGAAAUGGAUCAGAUCAAGAGUUUGGCGAUGCAGAGGAAUACAGAGAAGGUGGUGCUCCAUGAUACGCGGCGUAGCUUCAUCUCUGCUUCUUCUUCCACUGAGAAGAACAAUAGUGGCAUGGUGGUGUGGUCCGAGGGUGUCGUGAAUGGAAUCUUGGAAAGGCUCGUUUCCGACCAACGCGAACGCCAAGUCAUCCCGAUCACAGGAAUGGGCGGGAUAGUUGGACUUGAUCGUCAACGCGACAUGCUAUGGUGAGAAUCCUUUCGUGGAGUGCAAGCGGGAGGGGUCGCGGUAUGUGAACUGGGAUUGAAUUCAUUACACAGAGAUUCAUCUACUCUUGUCUUGUCGUCUCCACUACAUUUGUAAUAAUCUUCGGCCUUUGCUUAUUGUAUUAAUCUGAUAUCUAUUCUGUCAUGGUUAGUUUUUAUGCAUCUUGAUUUUUUCUUUUCCCUAGUGAAGCAUG